CGUUCGUUCCCCAACCGCCAUGGCCAAGAGCAGGAAGACGACCAAGAGCAAGGCCAUGAAGCGCAAGGCGCCGCCGCCACCGCCCGUCGCGGUGCACUACGACGACGACAGCAUCAACACGCUCUUCGAGGCCAUGAGCGUCGUCGCCGUCCGCUGCGACGACGACGAGCGCUUCUACGUGGCCGAGCUCCUCGACGACACGACCGAGGAGAUGCUCGACGACGACAGCGCGACCGUCAACGUCCUCUAUUAUGACAAGCAGCCCGACGGCUCGUAUGUCGUCGGUGCCUACGAUGUGGCGCCGGUCCGCGCCAUCAUGUGCGAAGUCGCACUCGAGGCGAAGCGGGCGGGGACCUACGCGCUUCCGGCCCGCCACGCCCAGCGGGUUCAACGCGUCUUGGAUGCUGUCGAGGCGGGGAACGGCGUGCCCGAAGAAGAGACGCAGCCCAUCAAGAAGCGCAAGACCAAGGCGUCCAGCGCUGUGGAAGACGACGACGACGACGCGACGAUGACGACGAUGCGCAGCCGUGCGUCGCCCAAGAGCGCCAAGCUCAAAAUCGACAAGAAGUCGGGCUUGGCGCGCUGCAUCGUGCACGUUGCGACGGACGUGGCCGACGACGAGAUGGCCGGCGACCACAGCUUCCGCGCCAAGUGCCACGACGUGCUCGCGAGCGCCAAAGAGGUGCUGCGUGCUGUGCUCACGCGCAACUACGACCUCCUCGCGUCGCUCUUGACACCGGACGCGGCUGCCAAGAUGCACACGCUCCACGCGGCCCGCAGCGUCGGCGUGCGGAAGACGGCGCUGCAGUAUGCGAUCGAGCACAACGAUACGCAGGCGCUCCUAUUGUUUCAAGGUAUCAAGGAGACCAAGUGGACAUUUGCCGCCAAGCCCAAGUGUGCGCUGCAAUCCCUCGGGACGGGACAGCACACGAGUGCGUACAGCGACUACAACCGGCGCGCCAUCAAUGCGAGCCGCGGCGGCAAGGAAGGGCUCAACGCGCUUCUCAAGGACCUGGACCUGGACACGAUGGGCGAUGCCUAUCCCUUCGUGGACCUUGACCGCGCUGACCUCAGCAAGGUGCUGUGGAGCUCGCCCAACACGACGUACGAGCUUGUGGCGUUCUUUUACCCCGCGGACGCGUGGGUCUCGAACGCCGAGACGGUGAUGCCGCGAGUGUUCCGCUGCGGCAAUGUGGCGCUCGCGACCAAGCUCCUCGGUAUCCUCGUCGCACGCUCUGGCUGGGGCUACAAUGCGCUGCACCUCGGCGUGCUCUCGGACGCGCCGCUCGAGCCCUUUCGAAAGGUCUCGGUGCUCAAGAAGGCGACGGGCCAUGGUAUCGCGCCCUUGCACGUGGCCAGUCUGGACCCAGCCGCGCGCCACUUGGGGCAGCUCGUGGCCGAGCUCAGCACGCCCGAGCUCGAGUUUGCCGACAGGGCCGGGUGGCACGCUGUGCACUACGCCGCCGUGUGCUCCUCGUCGGCGCCGAUGCGCAUUCUUCUUGAUGCCGGUGCCAACGCGACGGCCAAGACGACGGCCAAAGAAACGCCUUUGCAUUGGGCGAGCUCCUUUGGACGCGCCGAGACGGUGAAGCUGCUUCUGGAGUCGAUGCCCGCCGAGAUGCGCUCCGGGUACCUCGAAGGCCUCAGUCCAAAUGGGUUUCGUGCGUUGCACAUUGCCGCUGUGCGCGGACACGCGGCCGUCGUCACCGCGCUUCUCGACGCCGGCGCCGAAUUGAACGCAGCUACCGCGAGCAACCACGGCAAGCUUUCAGCACUGGCGCUGGCUGCCGAGGCUGGUCACGCCGACGUUGUGGAUGUCUUGCUCCGCGCCCGUGCGCCUGUCGACAUCCGCGACAAGCUCCGUCGCACGCCGCUCAUCCUCGCCGUCAUGAACGGAUACUCUGCCGUGGCCACGACCCUUCUGAACGCCGGCGCCGAUGCAAACGCCGCCGAUACGUCGCUCAACACUGUCAUGCACUACGCGGCGAGCUACGGGUGGCGGUCGUGUGUCCGGCUGCUGCACAGCGUCGGCGCCGAAGCGUGGAGUCGGAACGACUGGGGCUACACGCCAAUGGCGUGCGCGGCGCUCAAGGGCCGGUACGAUGUCUCGCGCUUCCUCAUCGACCACGCGACGGACCCUGGCGCCAUCGACUUUGUCGACGCCAACGGCGCGUCGAUGCUUUUUCUGCAGUGCCAACUGGCCGAGUCGACGGAUGAACUCACCUUUUUGCUCGAGAAGGGAGCUGACCCGAACCGCGCGACGAUGGACGAGUGCACGCCGAUCCAGCAAGUGCUUCAGCGCCUCGCCACGAGCGAGGAGGCAACAAAGCCGGCGCUGCUGGCGAUGCUGACGCUCCUUCUCAAGCAUGGCGCCACUGUCGAUGGCCCGGCGCUAAAGAAGCACGGGCAACCGCUGUCGUUGGCGAUGCGCGCACAGUCCAAGCCCGCGUUCGACCUGCUUCUCCCCACGACCACGGUGACGGCGGCGACGUGGUUUGUUGCUGUGACGUCUGGCGCCGAGUUUGUCGAGGCUCUCUUGGCCGCGUCAAAAGGAAUGAUUCCUCUCGACGCGACACCGUAUCACGCCAACUUGUUGCACGCGCUGGCAUCGUCGCCCACGAGUCUCCCGAUCGCAGUGGUGUCGGCGGUCGUUGCGCGGCUCGACAAGGCGGCGUUCACUGCGUGUGACCACGGCGGCGACACACCGGUUGCUGAGCUGUUGCUCUUCCAGCGACCGAUGCACAUCGACGUGCAUCGCGACGACGAUGCUAGCGAUGCGGCGUACAUGGCGCUCUUGGAGCUCUACUUGCAGCAUACGCCCGACCUCGCGCGUCUGCGGCGCAUGCAGACGCUGACGAAAGAGAAGAAAGCGGAUGAAGAGGUGUGGGCGCCGUCGACCAUGGGGCUUUUGCACAUGGCGGCUGCCCGGAAACUGGCAACGACGUCGGACGGCCCUCGGCGCUGGCGCGGCAAAGACGUUCUCGCGACGCUUCUAUCCUUUGGCGCGUGGACACAAGCGGAUGUCGAUGCCCUCGAUGACGACGAGUCCCCACUCCUAGUGGCGGCCAAGCACGGCCAUGUCGACGGCGCCAGAGCACUGAUCGAUAUCGGUGCCAACGUCAACUACUGCGUCCCAAUCAAGCCUGCGACGUUGGCGUGCACACCCCUCCACGCGGCGCUCCAUUGUUUGCCGAUGGUCCAGCUGCUUCUCGAGAACGGCGCCGACGCGUCGUUCGCAGCCAUCGCCACGCCAAAGAACACGCCGUUGCACGUGGCAGUGGACCGCCGAAACACCGAGUUGGUCGACCUGCUUCUCUCGUUUGGCGCCAACGCCGUGCUUCAGAACGAGCUUGGGUUCACGCCCCUCACCGCUGCCGUUGCCGCCGGCCUCUCCGUCGAACAGACCCUGCUGCAUGCCAACGACGUCGACUACACAACGACCGUGCAGCAAGGCGACGACUGGGACUUUGCGUGUCACAAAGCCAAACCAGUCGAGGCGCCGCCGGCCCGGACGGUGGUCUCUGCGCUGAUUCGUGAGACGACGAAGGCAGCGAUCCCGGUGCCCGACGCCCAAGGGCGCACGAGCCUGCACUACGCGUGCAAGAAGCGCGACAUUCACUUGCUCCGGUGCCUCCUCGCGCUCUCGUCGGACGCGAUCAACGUCACCGAUGUCGACGGGCGCACGCCGUUGCACUUUGCCGUGAACGCGGCACCGAUGACACCCGAGGCCACGUUUGACGUGGAGAGCUUGCUGCUGCAACACGGCGCCGACGUCAACGCCGUCGACCGCUUUGGGCUCUCGGUGCUCCACUUCGCGUUCGUCAAGGUCAACCUCGACUGGCACCAUGAGCACAAGUCGCUCUCUCACGCCGAGAUGGUCAAGCAGCACGAGGCCCACUUGACAGCGAUCCCGAGAACCGAAUCGGACCCGAUCGAGACAGUCGGCAGUCUCUGCCUCGUUGACGGCCUUGUUGUCACGGGUCAGGACGUUCUCGGUCGCACGCCGCUGCACCUCGGUGCCGCAACAGGCGCCGUCGUCAGCGUUCUCGGCAUCCUGCAUCUCGCGCCCAAGACCAUUCUGCACGUCACAGACACGCGCGGCGACACGGCGCUCGGCCGCGCGAUGGCCCACGAGCGCAAGGCCAUGGUCACGACGCUCAUCCAGCACGGCUCGUCCGUCCACGGCACGUUUACGGUCGAGAACCCGUCGAUGGAGAAGAAGCGCAAGGCGAGCUACUACUUUUUUGCCGUGCAGCAAAAGUGGCAGGGCAUUUGCCACCUCCUUCUCCAGAGCGGCUACUGCCGCCGCCAGGCGGUCGAGGAUUCGAUCCGGACCCACAACUGGGAGCUGACGAGCAACCUCAUCACGAGUCUUGUCAACAGCAGCGAUCGCGUCCUUCAGCAUCUCAACGACCGCGGCGAAACCCUCUUGCACAUUCUCGCGGCCCAAGACGUCGAGUUUACUGGCGCCGCCCGCGCUGUUGCGUGGCAACUCAUUGAUGCGGGUGUUUCCGCAAGCGCUCUCGACAAGAGCGGCGCCUCGGUGCUCCAUGCUGCUGCGCCCCACGCGCACCUGGAAGCGCUUUGUUUUUACCUGCACCACGCACCGACGCUCCUCAAUGCGACCAUGGCCAGCUCCGGGGCAUCGCCAGUGGUCCACGGUCUGCGCACCGUCACCAACGUCGACCUCGCCACCAAGCUCGUGGUGUUUUUCAAGCGUCGGGGCGCCGAUCUCUCGCUCCGCGCCAACGACGGGCACUCGGUGGUCUCACUGCUGCUGGAUCGCUUCAGCAACAACAAUAGCACGGAUGCCACGCGCCUGCUCUUUCUGCUGCAACUGCUGCUCGCUGCCGGUGUCUCGCCCAGUGGCCGCUUCCCGACGUCGCACCCGUUGGCGGUCUCCCGCCAUGCGAGCCACGACAAGCUGUCGCACGCGACACCGCUCCUGCGGACUCUGUACGUGACGUCGGGGUACUUGCGCCAGCACCUCUUGACGCUGCUUUUGGCGCACGGCGCUGACAUCACAGAGACGGACACGGACGGCAACAGUUGUCUCGCACACGCCGCCAUGCGCAAUCUCACGGACGAAGCCAAGUUUCUGGUCGGCAAGAGCGUCGCGGCAACGAUUGAGCGCCCGCUCGUCGCCACAGACAAGACGGCUGCGAACACUGAGACGUCGGAGGCAGCUCAGGACAACAACGUGUCGGGCAACGACGAGGACGAGGACGACGACAGUGCGAGUGCCUCGGGUAGCGACGAAGACAUGGGCAGCGGCUCGGAUGACGACGAUGCGGAAGAGGAGGAAGAAGCCGAGGACGAGCCGAUGGCAGCAGUCGAGGAAGCAACCGAGGCAAAGACAACGGACACAGAAGAGGUCGUUGUCCGCCGACCUCCGAUUGUCGUGCGCCGGAAGCUGCCGGCGGCGGCCCUGCGCAAACUCGUCGGUCUUUCAAACGCGUUUGGCGAGAAUGCACUGCACGUCGCAGUGUACCCUCGUCACGGGAUGUCUUUUGAGAACACGCUACUGGUGCAGCUGCUCAAGAAGAGUGGCGUCUCGACCACCGCGACCGACGUCGACGGGCGCACACCGCUGGACUUGGCCAAGACGCAACCGUCGGGUGUGCUCUGGACGGCGCUAACGUCGACGCCGCUGCCAUCGAUCGGCGACGCGCCGUCCUUUGUGCCCCAACCGGCUGUCGACGACGACGCUCUCGCGUUCCUUGCCUACUGCGAAGCCCACGGCCAUGUCGUGCACGAAGAGAUCACGCCCGAGGUCGCGCCGCAGUGCGAGGCCGGCAACAACCCGUCCGUGUUGGUCGAUGCCGACAAGGUCGCGUACGCCGUUGUCUUGACCAAGGUCGACGUGCAGUCGGGCCAGCACGGCGUCAACGUGUUUUACCGCAUGCAGGUCGUUCACAACCCGGUGCAGGAUGUGUACAUCCUCUUCACCAACUGGGGGCGCAUCGGAGAAGACGGCAAGUACCAGCACACGCCGUUCCCAGACGCAGUGAACGCCUGCAACGAGUUCAAGAAGAUCUUCAAGUCCAAGACGAGCAACGUGUUUCCGCCGACGUCCGAGACGCCGUUUACCAAGAAGCCCGGCAAGUACAUGCUCUGUGUCGCCCGCACGCAGCGCGCCAAGUACGACAUAGUUGUGACGAGCCCGAUUCAAGUGCCAUCGGACGCACCGCCUUCGGUGCAUGCGCCGCCCGUGCAGGACGCGCUCGCGGCGAUUACGGACUUCAACUGUCUCCACGAAGCUGCGAAGCAUCUCUCGCUCACCGACGUGCCGCUUGUCGAGCUUCAAAGCCAUGCGCUGCAGCAAGCGUUGCAGCAGCUUCACGAGAUCCACGACAUGAUCGUCGCCAACGACAAGGUGCUCUCGAACGUCCAAAACAGCGGAGGUCUCGAGCCUGCGGCGCUCGCAGCGCUCACCGACGAGUGGCGCGCUGCCACCGAGGCGAUCGCGGCCAAGUGCAGCCGGUACUUUGAGUGCGUCCCGCGGGACGAUGCGACGGCCGCGACGGAGCUCGCCGCUUUUCUCGACGUGGCCAGUGUUCAAAAGGAGAUGUCGCGUGUGCGUCAGCUCAUUGAAAUCGCGGGGACGAGUAAGAUUGUGCUUGGCGCCAAGGCCCGGGCGCACGAGCGCCACCCGCUCGACUACUGCUACGACGCGCUCCAGGUGCAGCUGCGGCAAAGCUCCGUGGCCGAGGUCGACGCAGUCCGCAAGUAUUAUGUGCAAGGCCAUUGCAAGAGCGGCUACAGCGUGGCCAAUGUCUUUACGCUCGACCGGCGCGACGAGCUCGACCGCGACGCCGACACGGACGUGCCGGGCCACCGGACGCUCUUGUGGCACGGCACGAAGCGAACGAACCUCAUGAGCAUCCUGCACCGCGGGCUCUGCAUUGCGCCGGCCGAUGCGCCGCGCACGGGCCUUGCGUUCGGGAAAGGCGUCUACUUUGCCGACGCGGCCGCCAAGAGCCUGCAGUACUGCACGCCGUUUACGACCGCGGACAAGAAGAAGACCAAGGUGUACCUCCUCCUCUGCGACGUGGCGCUCGGGACGCCGCACCGCGUCCAGCGCUCCGAGUACCGCGAGUCGGCGGCCGACGGCACCCAUAGCACGUUUGCCGUCGGGAGCACGCAACCGGAUCCGAGCGAGACGCUGGUCGUCGCGGCUACGGGACGCAGCAAGGUGCCGCUGGGUGACCUCAAGGUGCUCGGAACAGACUUGCCGCGGUCGUUCGUGUGGUAUGCCAAGCAGCCCAAGAACGAAAACGACCGGUACUUCUCGAACCGGACGACGCUGUGUGGGGAUACGGCUGCCCUGCUCGAGCGCUUUGCGCAAGGCACCGAGUCGCACCUUGACGUGACCGAGCCGAGUGAGCUCCUCGAGGGUCUGCUGGUGUAUUACAACUACUAUGGCCAGUUCAAGACGCCGACCAAGGUCUCGGUCGAUGCUGUCGCGCGCCAGCGGUGGGUCUCUGGCGCCCUCCACGAGGCCCACUUGCGCCUCACGGUGCACUUCACCGCCGACGAAGAUACGUUUUCGUUCGACGCCAUCGGACGCACCGAUGUCUUCGACGACGCCGAGGCGCCAACCGGGUACAGCUUGCAGAUGGACACGUCGUCGCUGUCGUACAGCGAGUUCAUCGUGUACAAAGAGCGCCAAGUGCGCAUGCGCUACCUGGUCGAGCUCGAGCUCGAGACAAAGUAG